GCCGUGAAAGGAAGCUGUAAUUGAAUUCUAUGUGUAAUGAACCUUGAAACUGCCCUGAACAAUUGUGUAUGCCGUCAUUCACCUUCCUUAUCCGGCAUGCUCCGUACUCCUGCACGGUAACAUAGCUUCCAAAACUCGAGACUCCACGGAUCAUAUCCUCACUCCUCCGUCAUAAUGUUCCGACCUGCCCUUCUCUUCAGCACUCGCUGCUUCUCUACCUCCACCCCCCGCUCCGCCUCCUCUGCGGUAGCUCUCAUCAAGAAGCUCCGCGAGGCCACCGCAGCUCCCCUCAACAUUACCCGCUCCGCCGCUGCGGCCCAUCCUGACAACUACGAUGCUGCUCUCGCAUUCCUUCAGCAGGAGAUGGCUAAGCGUGGGGAGAAGGUCGCUGCCAAGAGCGCCGAUAGAACGGCGAAUGACGGUUGGAUCGCCGUUGCACAGUUGCCUGGUGCUCUCGGAAAGCAGGGCAACAAGGGAAGGAUCGGAGCUAUGGUAGAGUUGAACUGUGAGACGGAUUUCGUUGCACGAAAUGAGGUUUUCCAGAGCCUUGCGCGUCGCUCAGCGUGGUCUGCUUGUAUCCUCGCAGAGGAGUUGGCUGCGACUUCCACUGAAGGUCAGUUCGCCAUCAGGGAUGCGAAGACCGCUGGUGAGCUCCCGCUCGUCAGGCUUCCCGGAGAGAAGAGCGACGAGCCUACUGGUAACCUCCUCGAGGAAUCCUCGAAGGCCAUGGCCACCCUUGGUGAGAAGGUCGCUCCCCGCCGCAUCGCAACCGCCGGUAAGGAAGGCUUCUCCAACGACUUCGUCGUCGGUGUCUACGCCCACGGGGCUCCUUCCGGCUCUCCCGCACCGUCCGCUGAUGAGCCCCACGUUCUCCUUGGUCGUAUCGCCGGUCUCGUCGUCUUGAAGGGUAAGGAGAUCGGAGCCUGGGAAUCCGCUGCGGAGCUCGCAAACCAGCUUGCUAGGGAGGUCGUUGGUGCUGCGCCUGAGAGCGUGGAGGAGCUGCUUGGUAUGCAGAAGAUGGGUGAGAGAGAGGCCAAGACUGUCAGGGAAUGGAUCGAUGGAUAUGUCAAGCAGAAGGGUGGUUCUGUUGAGGUUAAUGUUGACGGUAUGUUGAGGUGGGAGCGUAGUGAGCAAUGAGAUGAGCAUGGUGUAAAACCAUAGAAAGAGAAAAGGCUUCGGGCCACGACGUGUAGGUUAUGCAUAUGUUUUUAAUACUUUAUGAGGCAACGAGUAGUUCUUCACUCCACAAACAAAUUCCCAAAACGCCGAUAUCCGCUCUUGCCUUUUGCUUAUUGACUCUUAAGCUUUGACCAUUGAUAGCUUCCCCUUAUCCUUCAUCUCCUCGCAAUCCACCUUACUUCUGGAAGGACAUGU